AUGUCCGACCAGGAUUUGAAAAACGCGAUUCUCCGACUAACCGAACUGGUAGUCAACCAACAAGAGCAGAUUCAACUCCUCAAGCGAACCGGUCAAGCCAGCCAACCGGGAAGCGAGAAGAUAAUCGAAUCGUUGGCCACGGGAAUUGAAGAUUUUUACUACGAUCCUGACGGUGGAGUGUUCUUUGACGCGUGGUUUGCUCGCUACGAAGAUGUCUUCAAGGUCGACGGCAAGAAUCUAGACGAUCCAGCGAAGGUGAGGCUACUCUUAAGAAAAAUCGGCACCCAGUUCCACGAGCGAUACGUAAAUAGUAUCCUGCCAAGACAUCCCCGCGAUUUUGGCCUGGACGAAACGGUGAAGAAACUUAAGAAACUUUUUGGUCAUCAAACCUCGCUGUUCAACGCUCGUUACCGUUGUCUUCAGUAUACUAAGAAUGAAGCAGACGAUUUUUCAAGUUAUGCUGCCUCUGUGAACAAGCAUUGCGAAGCAUUCCAACUCACCAAGCUCACUGAUGACCAAUUCAAGGCGCUACGUUUUGUUUGCGGUCUACAAUCUUCCCGCGAUGCAGACAUCCGAACUCGAUUGAUCGGCAAAUUGGAAGCUGAAGAGCAUGCUCCGCCAGCAGACGGCACAAAGCUAACCUUGGAAAAUCUCGUCGAGGAGUGUCAUCGGUUCAACAAUCUGGAGCAGGACACCAAGUUGGUAGAGAAGCCCGUUCCGGAAAAAUCCGUCGUCAACGCUGUUUCCACCAAGCCUGCUAAGAAAAAACAACCGAAAUCUCCGUGCUGGUUUUGCGGUGAUUUACAUUUCGUAAAGGUAUGUUCCUAUCAAGACCACAAUUGCAACAAGUGCAAACGAAAAGGGCAUAAAGAAGGUUACUGCUCAUCUGCUGAAUCAAAAUCAAAGCCAGCAAAACAAAAGUACAAGGCAUUUGUGAAGUCCAAAGGAAUUUCAGUGAAACGCAUCGAUCUUCAAGGGAAGAGGAAAUACGUUACUGUUGGAAUCAAUGGCAAAGAAGCUGUCCUUCAGUUAGAUUGCGCUUCUGAUAUCACCAUUAUUUCUACGCAGACCUGGGAGGCGAUAGGCAAACCAGCCAUCAACGUAACUGACAUAACCGCCAUCAGCGCUUCCGGAAACAAGAUUAACAUGGCUGGUGAGUUCCUUGCAGACAUAACCAUCCGAAGCGUGACAAAAGCUGGCAUUGUCCAUGUGUCAUCAAGCCCGGAUUUGAAUGUCCUUGGAAUUGGAACAAUCGAUCUAUUCCAACUAUGGUCGAUUCCUUUCAACUCACUGGUCAAUGCUGUGCAUCAGAAGCCGGAAGACAUUGAGCAAAAGCUGCGUACGAAGUUCCCGGAAGUGUUCCAGAGCACACUUGGCCGGUGUACCAAAGCAAAAGUUAAACUCUACCUGAAGCCCAACGCCCGUCCCGUGUACUGUCCCAAGAGACCAGUUGCAUAUGCUGCUCUUCCCAAGGUGGAUGCCGAACUUCAACGUCUUCAGGACAAGGGAAUUAUCUCACCAGUGAAGUUUUCCGACUGGGCAACUCCAACAGUAGUGGUCCGUAAGUCAGACAACGUUUCCGUCCGUAUCUGUGGCGACUAUUCUACAGGGUUAAACAAUGCGCUAGAAUCAGAUGCCCAUCCGCUACCACAUCCAGAUGAUAUUUUUGCUGAUCUAGCUGGCUGCCGUUAUUUCUCCCAACUCGAUUUUUCUGAUGCGUACCUGCAAGUCGAGAUUGAAGAGGAAUCACAAAAGUAUCUGACGAUAAACACUCAUCGAGGACUGUUCAAAUACAACCGUCUGCCGCCUGGAAUCAAGUCCGCUCCUGGUGCCUUCCAAAGGAUUAUUGACAGUAUGGUCGCUGGUAUUCCUGGAGUAAAACCGUAUCUAGACGAUAUCAUGAUUUCUGUUAAGACAAAAGAAGAACACAAUCGAAGCCUUCAUGAGGUCCUGGAGCGGAUCAAAACGUACGGUUUUCAUCUGAAGAUCGAAAAAUGUCGAUUUGGUCUAUCACAAAUUAAGUUCCUAGGCCAUAUCAUCGACAAAGACGGCUUACGACCUGAUCCCGCGAAGACAACCGCAAUUUCGCAAAUGCCAGCUCCAACCAACGUAUCACAGCUUCGAUCGUAUCUUGGAGCUAUCAAUUAUUAUGGGCGUUUUGUCAAGCAGAUGAAAGAGCUAAGAGCACCCAUGGAUUAUUUACUGAAACAAAACGUGAAAUGGGAAUGGACUGCGAACUGUCAGAAGUCGUUCGACAAGUUCAAAAUGCUGCUCACUUCCGACUUGUUGCUGACACAUUUUAACCCGAACAAAGAAAUCAUCGUCGCAGGUGAUGCAUCCAAAAAUGGCUUGGGCGCUGUUAUUAUGCAUCGUUUUCCGAAUGGAUCAGUGAAGGAUAUUUCGCACAUUUCAAGAUCUCUAACUCCUGCGAAGCAAAAUUACGGCCAGAUAGAAAAAGAAGCUUUGGCACUGGUUUUUGCUGUAACACGGUUUCAUAAGAUGGUAUUCGGCCGGAAGUUUACCUUGCAGACUGAUCACCAACCACUUCUUAAGGUGUUCGGGAGCAAAAAAGGAAUUCCGGUAUACACGGCUAACCGGCUUCAACGCUGGGCGCUUACGUUAAUGCUGUACGAUUUUGACAUCCAGUUUGUGCGCACUGAAGACUUUGGACACGCUGACCUCCUUUCACGACUAAUGAAAUGCCAUUCAACAACUGACGAAGAGUAUGUCAUUGCUUCUGUCCAAAUGGAAGCCGAUGUCAACACCGUUCUCAGUGAUUCUACUUCAAGUCUACCUGUGACGUCUGAAAUGAUCGCUACUGAAACAUCGAAAGAUCCUGUUCUCCAGUCGGUGGUGUUCCAUAUCAAUGAAGGAUGGCCUAAUCAUUCCAAAGCAAUUAAUGAUCCAGUUGUCCAACAAUUCUUUAUCCGCCGAGACAGUCUGCUGAUCGUCCAAGGUUGCAUCAUGUUCGGCGAUAGAGUUGUUGUGCCAAACCGCUUUCGCAAACGCAUUCUUCAGCAACUACAUCGAGGCCAUCCGGGGAUGGAGCGAAUGAAAUCCCUAGCAAGAAGUUUCGUGUACUGGCCUAACAUCGAUGAUGCCGUCGAAAAAUAUGUUCGAUGCUGCAGACCCUGUGCUGAAGCUGCUAAAUCACCACGCAAGACGGACCUGGAGUCGUGGCCCAUUCCAUCGAAGCCGUGGGAACGAGUCCAUAUCGAUUAUGCUGGCCCGAUUAAUGGAUACUACUACUUUCUGGUAAUUGACGCAUAUUCAAAAUGGCCAGAAAUCUACCGCACUCGAAGCACAAACACAACGAAAACGUUGGAAAUGCUAGACGAGAUUUUUUCAAGAUUCGGCAAUCCAAAAAUUCUGGUUUCGGAUAAUGGCUCGCAAUUUUCUAAUGGACAGGCUGAGCGCUUUGUGGACACUUUGAAAAGAGGACUCAAGAAGUUACGAGAGGGAGGAAAUCCAGCAACUUUCCGACAUCUUCACCGGUCCACACCCAAUCGAAGUGCUCGUGAUCAUAAGUCACCUGCAGAACUUUUUCUAGGUAGACCCCUCACUACUACACUGGAUCUUCUUAAGCCCCGAAAAUCAAGCACACCAGCUGUAAACAGUAAGCAGAAUAACCAGUUCAAUCAACACCAUGGUACCGUCAAGAGAGAGUUCUCCGCUGAUGAUUUAGUGUACGCAGAGGUUCAUCAUCACAAUCAAACCUCAUGGGUUCCUGGCAAGGUGAUUGAGAGAAAAGGCUCCGUCAUGUAUGCUGUACUUCUGGACACCGGUCGUCUCAUCCGUUCUCAUACGAAUCAGCUGCGACAGCGUCAUCUAGAAUCCAUUAGUGAAGCUACUGAAUCAAAUUUACCAUGGACCGUGCUGCUUGAGGAAUUUGGAAUGCAAAAUCUGUGUACUCCAUGUUCGGAUGAAACUGCCGAUCCUGAUUCCAAAGAAACUCAACAACCGCCUGAAAUGCUGCCACAAGUGGCACACCCAAUUCAACAAUUGCCUGAAGUAUUGCACCCUGCCGAACCAACUUUGGACCAAGAAAAGGUUCUAGCACCAGAAGUCGUUGUUGAAGGCAUCAAUCCGCAGUGCUCCAAUCAACCCGUUCGUAACCGAAGGCUUCCGGCAUGGCUCGGAUCCUACGAUCUCUUUUAA